UGCAGAAGAAGAAAGCAGAAACUGUCAUGGUGGCCUCCUGAACAGACCGAAGAAUGUUUGCCCUUUCUUUUAGUCGCCUGUUAUUACAGGCUUUUCCCAAACAACCAGUCACCCCUAGGGCUACAGCUCAAUGCAUCAGAAGUCUGAAAACAUCUCAACAAGAUCCACUUGAGAAAGAUGAUAUGCCUAUCAAAAUGGAAAACCCAUACAAGCAACCCCCUAAAACUUGCAUCCUCUGCAAUAUAACUGUAGACUUCAAAAACGUUCAGCUGUUGUCCCAGUUCAUUUCACCACACACAGGCAGAGUAUACGGCAGACAUACAACAGGCUUGUGCGGUCGAAAGCAGAAGGAGGUAUCAAAAGCAAUAAAGAAAGCUCGGUCAAUGGGUUUUAUGUCAGUCACUCUGAAGAAUCCCCAGUUUAUGAAAGACCCUGAUAUUUGUGGUAUCAAACACUUUGAAUAGCCUCUGUAUGAAGACUGUGACUCUGCAGGCCAUCUUUGUGUUAUUGUUUGUGUAAAUCUGUAGUUUGUAAAAA